AUUAAAGGUCUCUCCUGAAAGGCCCGGAUUUUUACGACACAGCCUGCCGUGUACUGACUCCAGGGUCACACUGGAACAGCGAGCAAUUGCCGGACCUGCCCAGACACGGAGCAUUGAUCCAGGGGAGACCCAGUGUUUGUGGUUAUAUUUGGUGUACUUAUAAUUCACGGUUGUAAAACGAUCACUGACUGUAAAUCAACCAAUGUUCCGAGAGUUCACAUAGCGGAGCACCCCGGAGUUUAAAUUUAGCCGAGACUGAGUACCUAUCAGCCAGUUUUUAUCCUGCAGUUAUCCGUGGGCGGAUUCACUCAGACCAAGACGACUUCGUUGACCUUCAGAGGACUUAGCGCGGAACAUACAGACCUGCUUUACCCCCAUGGACCCAAGGAUACUCCUCCUAGCCGCCCUGUGUCUGGGCGUGGCUAUUGCCGCACCCAUGGCAAUGCGUGAUAUUCAGAUCACCUUCAACAACAGCGGCUUGGUGUGGCGGGACUCCAACAAGAUGCCACUGUACGAUAGAUACCAGGGCAGGGUCUGGGGGUGUGGGCGGAUGUGGUCCCUCACCCCCUGGAAGAAGUUCACGCUGUUCUCCGAAGGGCAGGUGGCGAGCCGAUCCUGUGGGACGGAGUUCGUGGUCAGUGAGACCGGCAGCUGUAUGAACAAGGUCUGUGUCAGUCCGGAGAUUCUACACAUCGACAAGAACGGGAUAGAGAUCAAGUUUGAGAACAUGUACAAGAACGAAACGAAAACCCUGAGUCACAGCGACAUGACGAUGCAGACCAGGUGUUUCUCCGGUAAGAGCCUGAUGUUCACCGUGAUCACGGACAGGACCAUCACACUGCCCUCCAACGACUUCAGGUUCAAGUUCGUCGUGUACGCCGACUGUCCCGGGGUUCCCAAGGACGUCAUCAUGGAGUCAGAUAAAGAUUCAGAAGAGUUGUCGAAAGCGGCUGAGCUGGAGGCGGCUCAGACGAUGAACAUGAUCCUAGGAAUCGUCACGGCGGGCUGUAUCUGUGUGGUGUUCCUCAUCAUCCUGGUGAUUACUUACUGCUACUUCCGGAACAACCCCGACCUCAAACGCCGCCACCACUCAGAGGAGACACGACCAUUAAGGAAGUGAUGAAGGAGAUCAAAUAGCCAAUUUUUGCAAUUUUUGUGAAGAUGUAGAAAAGAUUUCAAAAUUUACGAAGUGAUCGUGACUUUUGUUUUUGUAGUUGUAUUUGCAUGGAUUAAUUUCAGCGUUUGUUUUGUGUGUAGUUACCAUUCUAAAUGUGAAUAUGUGCGAGUACGAGUAUAACGUAUUUGAUAUUACAAGAACGAUUAUAAGUGAUAUAUACGGACAUGAUUUUAUUUUAUGUGUAUGAUUUACAAACGAUGUGUUAUAACAAAGAUGGAUUGUAUAUAUACAGUGAUAUUGCUUUAUAGCUGAAAUCAGGUAGAAAUUUUCGACAUUUUUGACUCAUUUCUCUUAACACUUGUUUGUGAUUAGAACAUUGGAUUUGUAAUAAAAAGGAAAAACCAUUAAAUAAUACCUAUUACCGGGA